CGCAUACGAGGUUCUUUGUCCCAGAAGCCCAUUGUAUAGAGCUGAGGAAACCCUGUGCCGCGAGCAGCCAUCUUGAGCCAGGAUAACCUGCAAACCUCUUCUGAACAGCUCCAAAAAAACGCCUGAAAGAUUGAAUUCCUGAGCCACGAUGGCCACCGCACCAUAUAACUACUCCUACAUUUUCAAAUACAUCAUUAUUGGGGACAUGGGGGUAGGAAAGUCCUGUUUGCUUCAUCAGUUCACAGAAAAGAAAUUUAUGGCGGACUGCCCUCAUACAAUCGGCGUGGAGUUUGGUACGAGGAUAAUCGAGGUGAGCGGACAGAAAAUCAAGCUGCAGAUUUGGGACACGGCGGGCCAGGAGCGCUUCAGGGCCGUCACCCGCUCCUACUACCGCGGGGCCGCAGGGGCGCUCAUGGUCUACGACAUCACCAGGAGAAGCACUUACAACCACCUGAGCAGCUGGCUUACCGACGCCAGAAACCUCACCAACCCCAACACCGUCAUCAUCCUCAUAGGAAACAAAGCCGACUUGGAGGCCCAGAGGGAUGUGACGUACGAGGAAGCGAAGCAGUUUGCUGAGGAGAACGGUUUAUUGUUCCUGGAAGCCAGUGCAAAAACAGGCGAAAAUGUUGAGGACGCCUUCCUUGAAGCUGCUAAGAAAAUCUACCAGAACAUCCAAGAUGGCAGUCUGGACCUGAACGCCGCAGAGUCAGGGGUGCAGCACAAGCCCUCGGCGCCUCAGGGCGGUCGACUAACCAGUGAACCCCAGCCCCAAAGGGAAGGUUGUGGCUGCUAAUGACCAAGCAGAACCCCUACCCUCCUCCUCCUCCUCCUCCCCAGCGCCCUCCCUUCUUCAUCAUCUGUUCUGGCCGGCCUCCCUUGAGCAAACCCCUCCAUCCAUUCCAGCGCCUUCGUACCUUCAUCCCUCACCGCACCAGGAGCUGCAUGAGAGCGAGGCCGCAGAGGAAAGGAAGGGCAAACGUCGACUUACGCCAGACUGAGCUGGGCUGUGUGGACUACAUCUCUCCCUCCGCCCGUCUCUCUUUGUUCCUGUCUCACUCCUCUUUCAACUAUCGGUGUACUUUUGUCCACUCCUCCUCCUCCUCCUCCUCCAUCAUUCAGUCUAGUCCCCUCGCCUCCCAACAUCAGUAGGAUUGUAGUGGUCUCUGACACUUUAGAUAGACUCAAUGUUCAAUCGAUAAUAAAGCAAGACUGUUUUUUUUUUUUUUAUGUUCGGUUUUAUAUAGACAUAUAUGUAUGAAAUAUACACUGCAGAAGUUUCACGCGCCACUUAUCAAUUUUGUAUAAAUCGAAUCUGAAUGACAUCCCGAAACUCUUCAAACGCAUGGUUUAUGAUUCCUACUUUCCACCUGCAGAUAAGAGAGAGAGAGAGAGAGAGAGAGAGAGCAGAAGGUCAUGAAGUUAAUUUAUUAAGCAGCCACACAGAUCCAGCAGGAAGGAGUAGUUAAGUACGCUUUCCCUUUCCUGCUCGGCACAGAAGUAGCCUAUUUUUUUUUUCUUUUUGUCAUUUCUGAGGAACUCAGGAGAGAUGCAGUGAAGAAAAAAUAAAUAAAUCUUGUAUAGAAACAAGAAAUAAGCGCCACAGAUGUUAGGAAUUACCCUACUGCUGCUUCUUCUUCUUCUUUGGUGUUUUCCAGCUGGUAUGAAAUACUGGAUGGGUGUCUCACUCAGACGUCACUUUAAUCAGAAUUCACAUCGCUUUCCUUUCUCCGCCUCUGCCUCAUGCGUCCGACCCCCCCCCCCCCCCCCCCCCCCCCCCCCCCCCCGCCAAACUCUCCCCUCACCAUCAUGUCGACACGUCUCUUACCAGCAUUUUGUUUUUUGGUCAUCGUUGCCUUACUAGAACACUUUCUUUUUAGCCUUUUUCUUUGUGGCACUUACUCUCUCCAGGCUAGCGCUGGCGAUCCAGUAAAUGAGCUCUUCUGGGAUCGCGCUUGCACUCUGAAAGUAAAAUACGUUUUUUUGUUUUGUUUGUUUUUGUGUGUGUUCAAAGCAAACGUCUCCCUGUUUCUUAAAGCUGCACCGAAGAGCUGAUCCGUUUAUCCGGACUCAUCCCGACACCAAGCGGCAUGACCCCCCCUUCCUCCCCCCGAUCCCAUCUGAAACAUGAAGUUGUAAAACAAAAUUGUUCAUUUCCUUCAAGUACAAUUUCUCUGUAACAUAGCAGUUCCCUGACUGAACAGCUGUAUAUAUUAUAUUGCUUCUUAAGCGCUGGUGAUGACCCUGCUACUGUACUUUUGGUUCAAGAAAUGUAUCCGGUGGCUCCGCCAAGAUCUGUACAGUGGGUGUGCUAGUGGGUUGCCUGUAAUUCAUGCUUGGGGGGGGGGGGGGGGAAUUCUGUAACAUAGUUUCUAUUAAUAAAUGUAUGUAAAGGACAGAGCCGGGCAAGCCGUCUGCACACUACAGAGUUAGCUGAGGGGGGAGAGAGAGAAAGAGGUCUGAGAUGCGCAGGUGUUGUGUCGUCAUUUCUGUACAGAUUAUAGAGAGCAGGGGGCGUGUUUGUGUCCGGUUUGCUUCAUUUUUUUCCCACCCCAUCAAGGCUGCUUCCUGCUGGAGGAGCCCUGCAGCGACGUCUUAACUUCUUUUUUUAUUAUUAUUAUUUUGGCAGCAGGGAUUGGUUUAUUAUUGUGAGUUGGGCGGGCUUCCUUUGUCCCCGGUGUCCCACCUCUUUGCAAAUCGAGUGACCACUUCCUGCUUUGUCUGUCCACAAGUUAAAAAGGAAAAAAAAAAAAAAAAACGAAACAAAAAAAAGCAAAACAAGUAAAUAUGUAUAAAUUUUUAAGAAGCUGUGCUAACAUUUAAAUGCGUUCUUUGCGUGUAUAUGAUUUUAAAAUGUUGACAUUUUGAUUUUAAUGACGAAAUACUCUAGUCAGAAAAAUAAAUUAUACAUAACCU